AUCUUCCUCUCAGCCUACUUAUGGCUUGCGUUCUCGUCCUCGUCCGCCUGUUGAUCGCUUUGGAUUUCCCACCGCUGGUGCUGCUGUUCUUGAGCCGACUUCUUACCGUCAGGCUGUUGUUCAUCCUGAAUGGCAGUUUGCGAUGGCAGAGGAGAUUGCUGCUCUUGAACGCACUGGUACUUGGGAUCUUUUUUCUCUUCCUCCCGAAGUCCGUCCGAUCACUUGUAAGUGGGUCUACAAGGUUAAGACUCGCUCCGAUGGUUCUCUUGAGCGUCACAAAGCUCGUCUUGUGGCUCGUGGUUUUCAGCAGGAGCAUGGUCGUGAUUAUGACGAGACUUUUGCUCCUGUGGCUCAUAUGACCACUGUUCGUACCCUUCUUGCCGUUGCCUCUGCACGCCACUGGUCUAUAUCUCAGCUUGAUGUUAAGAAUGCCUUUCUUAAUGGUGAGCUGCGUGAGGAGGUGUACAUGCAGCCACCACCUGGGUAUUCUGUUCCUGAUGGCAUGGUAUGUCGUCUUCGUCGCUCUCUUUAUGGCCUUAAGCAAGCCCCCCGCGCCUGGUUUGAGCGCUUUGCCUCUGUGAUCACUGCUGCUGGUUUUUUAGCAAGUGCUCAUGAUCCCGCAUUGUUUAUUCACCUUUCUCCUCAUGGUCGGACUCUUCUUCUUCUUUAUGUUGAUGACAUGAUCAUCACGGGGGAUGACCCCGAGUAUAUUGCCUUUGUAAAGGCCCGUCUUAGUGAGCAGUUUCUUAUGUCUGAUCUUGGACCUCUUCGCUAUUUUCUUGGGAUUGAAGUCUCUUCUACCUCUGAUGGCUUUUUUAUAUCCCAGGAAAAGUAUAUCCAGGAUCUUCUUGCUCGUGCUGCUCUUACUGACGAGCGCGUUGUUGAGACUCCUAUGGAGCUCAAUGUUCACCUCCGUGCUACUGAUGGUGAUCCUCUCCCUGAUCCGACGCGUUAUCGUCAUCUUGUUGGCAGUCUUGUCUAUCUCGCUGUCACUCGUCCGGACAUCUCUUAUCCGGUUCAUAUUCUGAGUCAGCUUGUCUCUGCCCCCACCUCGGUUCACUAUAGUCAUCUCCUUCGUGUUCUUCGAUAUCUUCGAGGCACGAUCUCUCACCGUCUAUUCUUUCCUCGCUCCAGUUCUUUACAGCUCCAGGCCUAUUCGGAUGCUACGUGGGCUAGUGAUCCUUCCGAUCGCCGUUCACUUUCUGCUUACUGUGUUUUUCUUGGUGGUUCUCUCAUUGCCUGGAAGACGAAGAAACAACUUGCAGUUUCCCGUUCGAGUGCCGAGGCUGAGUUGCGAGCAAUGGCUCUUUUGACGACAGAGGUGACUUGGUUACGGUGGUUACUUCAGGAUUUUGGUGUUUCUGUCACUACACCGACUCUGCUUCUAUCUGACAGUACAGGAUCAGGUUAUUGCUCUUCAGUAUGUGCCUUCCGAGUUACAGUUGGCGGAUUUCCUGACAAAGGCUCAGACUAGAGCACAACAUGGCUUUUAUCUCUCCAAACUCAGUGUUCAUCCACCAUGAGUUUGAGGGGGGGUGUUAGAGUUAUAAUAUAAGUCAUGUACCCCUUUGUAUUUAUCUCGUUGUAUGAGGGGUUUCCUGCAUAUGUUCCACACCUGUACAUGUAUAUAUAUAUCGGCCUAUGGCCUCAUGGGAAUACAAGUUGCUUAUUCCUAA